AUCCAGGAACAUUGUAAAAUAACCGCAGGAGAACUCAAUCACUACCAUCAUGUCGGCUGGAGGUGACUUGGGGAACCCUCUGAGGAAAUUUAAGCUGGUGUUUCUAGGAGAGCAGAGCGUGGGGAAGACCUCUCUGAUCACCAGGUUCAUGUAUGACAGCUUUGACAACACGUAUCAGGCCACAAUUGGGAUUGACUUCUUAUCGAAGACGAUGUACCUGGAGGAUCGAACAGUAAGGCUGCAGCUGUGGGAUACUGCAGGACAGGAACGGUUCAGGAGCCUCAUCCCGAGCUACAUCCGAGACUCAACAGUGGCUGUGGUCGUGUACGACAUCACCAACGUGAACUCCUUCCGGCAGACCUUUAAAUGGAUCGACGACGUGAGGACUGAGAGGGGCUCUGACGUCAUCAUCAUGCUGGUGGGCAACAAGACAGAUCUGGAGGAGAAGAGGCAGAUCACCAUCGAGGAGGGGGAGCAGAGAGCGAAAGAACUCAAAGUCAUGUUCAUUGAGACCAGCGCAAAGACAGGCUGCAAUGUAAAACAGCUGUUUCGCCGCGUUGCUGCCGCCCUACCUGGAAUGGAAAGCUUGGACGAUGCCAACCCCGAAGGCAUGAUUGACAUCAAGCUGGACAAACCAGCAGAGCCGACCGUCCCCGAGGGCGGGUGCUCAUGUUAGUGCAGAGCUGCUGAUUGCACAGCUCCCCCUCACACCAUAGGCUUGUUGUGUUGCUUACUACUGGUUAGCUGCCAGUCAAAUUCUCUAAUUGGAUAUGGGAUCCGGGCCUUGUGUCUGAUUGGAAAAAAAAUCUCACUUUAUCUUUCAGUCUUGUUCAGUUGUAAAAUAUUGUAUACUUUGUCAAUAUGUAAGUGCUGGAAAGAAAAACAGGGGAAAGAUUCAUUGAACUAAAACAAAAACAACAACAAACUAAGAGUUUUGGCUGAUGAAAAGGGGAUACAAAUAGGAGUUCUUUUCGCCAUUAUGUUUUGUAUUUUUUUAUAUAUAAAAAAGGUAAAGCACCAAAAAUGAUGCCUCACCAUAAAAGGAGAAAUAUUCGGGUUAAGCCAUUUUUCCAAGAUGGCCGACGACCACAUCUGAAUGUCUGCAGCACGCAUGCACACCGAUCUGAUCUACGACCUCUCCACCUCCAGAGUA